AUGUUUAAACAAUUGGGAUUAUUAUUUUUAGUUAAGUUGGCUUUAGCCAGUAGUUCAAGUGAAUCAACUUCAACUACCAACCCAUGGGCUACUUACCCUUCUGUUGUAAGAACUGCCACUCUUAAUGGUUUUGCUGAUGCUAUUUACUCCGAAGUUCCAGUGUGUGCUCAAGAUUGUCUUGAAGAUAAUGCUGGUACUGGUAUGACUCCAUGUCCAUAUUGGGAUAUUGGUUGUUUAUGUAUCUUCCCAAAUUUCCAAAAUAAUAUCGCUAAUUGUGUUGCUAGUAGUUGUGAUGGUACUGAAGUUGUUAUUAUGACUGAAGAAGCCAUUUCUGCUUGUUCUGCUGCUGGUGAUCCAGCUCCAUAUUGGUUUAUUGGUGCGGCUCAAAGUGCUGCUUUAGCUGAAGCUGCUACUAGAAUUGUUUCAUCUGUUGAAGCUUCUGUUACUUCUGAAAGUUCAUCUGAAGCUACUUCUGAAACUUCUUCUUCUGUUGUUGAAACUUCAUCUGUUACUUCUGCUGAUUCAAGUUCAGCUGAAGAAACUUCAUCAAUCACCAGUUCUGCUGUUACUGAAACUAGCUCUGCCGAAGAAAGUUCAGUUGCUUCAUCUGUUGAAUCAGUUGUUGAAUCAUCUGCUGUUGAAGCCGUUGAAUCUUCAGUUCCAGCUUCUUCUGAUCCAGCUUCCAGUGUUCCAGUUUCUUCCGCUGCCGAAUCAGUUGUCGAAUCAUCAGCUCCAGUUUCAUCUGAUCCAGCUUCUGCUGACCCAGCUUCAGUUGACCCAGCCUCCGUUGAUCCAGCUUCAUCUGCUCCUGUCUCAAGUGCUGACCCAGAAUCUAGUGCUGCCUCAGAUGUUACCUCAUCAGCCCCAAUUACUUCAGCUGCUUCAAAUGCUACCUCAACUGAAACUAAUUUCCAAACCACUGUCGUUACUGUCACUUCUUGUGAAGAUAACAAAUGUACUUUAGUUCCAGUAACUACUGGUAUUGUUACUGUUACCGAAGAAUACACCACAUAUACCACUUACUGCCCAAUUGAAAGCAGUACUGUUGUUUCAACUAUCGUUAAAACUAAUGCCGGUACUAAAGUUGUUACCAUCACUUCUUGUCAAGAUAAUGGAUGUACUGCUGUUCCAGUUACUGAAACUGACAUUGUUUCAACUACUGAAGUUACUUCAUACGUUACUUAUUAUCCAGGUACCGUUGAAGCUGCUAAAACUCAAGUCACUGUUGCUUCUCAAGCCACUUCAGUUGCUCCAACUGUUGCCCCAGCCCAAGGUGCCGGUUCUGUUACCAAACCUUUCUCAGUUUUAAUUUCUUUACUUUCCUUACUUUUCGUCUAG